UCCUGCAUGCAGCAGGAUCACAAAGGUGUCCUGCUUGAUCCAGGCGUUUUGAGGUUGUAUUGACAAUCCUGGAAAUACCUGAAUUUCUUAACUGAAGUAACCAGAAAGUUAUUAGAAAGAAAACUGCAAAUGCUUUAUACCGCUUUACAGAGUGUGUGGGCAAUUAGCGAGGUGGCUUUUCAUAGCGUGAAAAAGGAAAGUCCUUUUUUUCUGCUGAAACACGUUUGAGCUAAACUGCAACACGCAUCAACUUCUACUAAAAGAGACGGCGGCGGACUAUAGAAGCCACCCUAGAAGAUGGAAGUCAGGCAUGACUGGCUCUCCUCAUCCCCCCAUGAGGGCUUCGAGCAGAUGAGGCUGAAGAGCAGACCCAGGGAGCCUUCCCCAAGCCUCACCAGAGUAGGUGCGAACUUCUACAGCACUGUCAAGCAGCAGGACUACAGUGCCAGUGUCUGGCUGAGGAGGAAAGACAAACUGGAGCACUCCCAGCAAAGAUGCAUUGUGAUCUUUGCACUGGUAUGCUGCUUUGCAAUUCUGGUUGCACUGAUAUUUUCGGCAGUGGAUAUUAUGGGAGAAGAUGAGGAUGGACUAUCAGAAAAGAACUGUCAAAAUAACUGUCGGGUUGCUCUCGUGGAAAAUAUUCCUGAAGGGAUCAACUAUUCAGACAGUGCACCAUCCCAUUUGUCUCUUUUCCAAGGCUGGAUGAAUUUGCUUAAUAUGGCUGAAAAGUCUGUUGACAUAGUAUCUUCCCAGUGGGACCUCAAUCACAGUCAUCCAUCUGCAUGCCAGGGUCAGCGUCUUUUUGAAAAAUUGCUUGAACUGGCGUCCCGAAAUAUUGAGAUAAAACUAGUGAGCGAUAAACUGCCCGUGGAAUCAAAGGUAUUAAACGACUUGAAAACAAAGGGAGCUGAAGUGUUGUAUAUGAACAUGUCAGCAUAUAAUGAGGGUCGGCUUCAGUCAUCAUUCUGGAUUGUUGAUAAACAGCACGUAUACAUUGGAAGUGCCAGCCUAGACUGGAGAUCGUUGGGACAGAUGAAGGAACUUGGCGUCAUUGUAUACAACUGUAGCUGCCUGGUCCUGGAUUUACAAAGGAUAUUUGCCCUGUAUAGCUCAUUAAGGUACAAGAACAAAAUACCUCCGAGUUGGUCUAAGAGACUCUAUGGAGUGUAUGAUACUCAAAAUAAACUGACACUGCAACUGAACGAGACAAAAUCAGAAGCUUUUGUGUCGAACUCACCUAAACUCUUCUGCCCCAAGGACAGAGUCCUGGAUAUUGAAGCUAUCUACAGUGUUAUUGACGAUGCCAAACAGUUUGUGUACAUCGCUGUCAUGGACUACCUGCCCAUUGUCAUCGACACCAACGCGAAACGGUACUGGCCGUAUUUAGAUGGGAAGAUCAGAGAAGCAUUGGUUUUACGAAGUAUUAAAGUACGCCUUCUCAUAAGUUUCUCAAGAGACACAGAUCCCCUUACUUUUAACUUUGUUUCAUCUCUGAAAGCUAUUUGCACUGAAGUUCCAAGCUGUAGUUUGAAAGUUAAAUUCUUUGACCUUGAGGAAGAGAGUGCCUGCUUUCUUAAAGAACAGAGGAACACUUCCCUUCCCAAACUGAAUCGUAACAAGUACAUGGUGACUGAUGGAGCUGCUUACAUUGGUAAUUUUGAUUGGGUAGGAAACGCUUUUACGCAGAAUGCUGGAGCUGGCCUUGUUAUCAACCAAGCAGACACGGGGAACAGCACAAGCAUCAUUAAGCAACUCAAGGCUGUUUUUGAAAGGGACUGGUAUUCACAUUAUGCCAAAAGUUUACAACCAACAAAAAUCCCAAACUGCUUUAACCACAAACUCAAUAAAGGAACUUCAAAUAAGACUGCCAUCAGCAAUGUGAAUUAGAAAGACAAUUUUACCAUUUAGUAUGGCAAUGAAGAAUUAUGUUGGGGUGUAGCCUUCUUUCAUAUUUACAGACAAAAGACUUAAAGAAAA